UGCGCGGCCAUCUUAGGCUAUUCAAUACACGGCAAUUUUCAAAGUCACCGGCUUCAGCACCGUGCAUGAAUACACUUUAGGGAAUGGACUGAAGUUGGAGUGGACAUGUAUGAAAGAAUGUCACCAAACAAAUGGCAGAAGGUAUUGUACAAGGACCAAGGGGUGCCAGACAACUACGUGGAUGAAUCUUUUCUUAGAGAACUGAAGAACAAAGUUACCUUAUAUGAUUUGCCGUAUGUGAUUGUGGAAUCUGGUGUAGUGACUCAGCAAAUCAGCAGUAUCUGCCUGUUUGUAGUCUUGUUCAUUUAUAUGGAACAAGAACUACUAUUGCCAGUGAAUCUCCUGUACAUCAAUGCUGCUCUUUCCCUGCUUGGAUAUGCUGCACAUGACAUUGUUGACGGAGGACAAGAUCGCAAGGAAAGCAGCAGAUCAAGGUUGGAUGACUUGAAAAGUACAGCCAUAUUUGUAGCCUUCUCAUACGGUUUGUCGCCGAUACUGAAGACGCUCACAGACACAAUCAGUACAGACACUAUUUAUGCAAUGACAGUUUUUAUGCUUCUAGGGAAUUUGUUAUUCCAUGACUAUGCCUCAGCUGAAACUAGGGCAAGGCGAUCAGUCUCACUUAAUGCCUCCAUCUUUGCCUCGGUGUGUCUGGCAUCCCGGCUCCCAUCCACCCUGCAUGCUUUUGCAACUGUCACUGUUGCGAUGCAACUCUUUGCUCUCUGGCCAGAGUUGAGAAGAAAACUGAAGGUUCAUUUUCCAAGGACACAGAUCCCUUUGACACUGGGGUCAUCCCUCAUUGCCCUGUGUGCUGUGGCCUCUGUUAGUCAUGUAGGCGCCAUCAUUCUCAUCCUCGUGCAUCUUGCCGUUACGUUUCUGGUGCCCAUCUGCCUGAUACGCUUACAGCAAUUUAAAAAUAACAUCCAUGGACCGUGGGACGAGGCGGUGAUUCAACACUCGUGACAGCUAUCGACAGGCAACAGAUGAAGCAUUGGGUGAUCUGGUUAAGUGAAGCCGGGGUUCCUGUGGCUCCCGGAAGCGUACCCUUUUUUGUUCUACAUUAGCAGUGACAAUGUGUUGUACUGGCAAGAAUGAUUGUGGUCGAUGGAGACGAUGAAAUAUAUGGGCAUGAGAAGGUACCUGGCUAACUCAUAUAGACUUCAUUAUCUGGUGCUGUUGUGAAAAGAGUUCUGAAACACAAAUAACAACUGCAUUAGCAAACCAUACAUUUCCUGCUCAUUUGAAGUAAGGUAGGGAACCUAAUAAGUGUGGUAUCUCCAGUUACACACCAGAUACAUUCAUCAUAUCCUGAAAAUUACUGGAUGAAUGGGAGAAAGUCGCAGAUAUCACUAGGAUUUUUUGGGGGGAGGGGGGUUGGGGCAAAGCACUUUUUCCAGUAAAGAGAACUUGGGGGGAGUACUCAUCAGCAAUGAACUGAUAAACUUUUAACAGUGGAAAGGUAUCAAUUUUGCCAUUUUUCGAGCAAAUUUGUAAUUUUUAUCCCCACCUCAUUUUUGUACUUCUUUGCUUUUUUUCCUUAUUAAAGUUUCCCUUGAGGGAUCACUCCCCAUGCUUCCUUCUCACAAUGCCCACGGAGACAGCCCAGUAAUCAGAAAAAUUUACUUCAAAUUAAUUGGGUCUAACAGACCCUUCGGUUAGCAUAAAAUUUGACAGCCCCAGCACAAGACCAAACCUUGUGUCGUCUUGAUGGUUGACCCUGUCUUUGAAUAUGCUUCUCAUUGCUGCCAUUAAAUGGAAACCAGACUUUUUGCAACAAAAUAUUGUACCUUAUGUAGCUUUCCAACAGGUUUAUAGUUGGCAACAGAACUGAAAUGUUAAAUGGUUACUUUUUAACACUUUACUUUGAGUUGUUUAUUUUUUUUUCGGCCUGUACAUAUUUUUUACAUAUAUGUGCUUACUUUGGUGCCGUGUGAAAAUAAAUGUCCACUUGAAAUUGGUAUCAAGUUGAAUUCGAAAAAAUGAAAUAGUCUGUGUGUUUGCUUCUGUGUAAAAAGGCAUCUUGUGCAUUAUGUAUAUUUGUGUACAUUUUUAAUUUUUUUAUAAAAGGACCAUUUACACCAUACCUACAAGGUUACCCAUUCCACUGUAUUUCUCUGGAAACUAGGACGUCAGAAAAAAAUCACAACAUAGUGAAUUUACAUAGAGUGUUCUAUUUAUUUGUUCGCUCUACAAAUUCUCAGACAAGUGCAUGAAUUUCAGCACUUAAAAAUAGUCUGAUGCUUUUCAGUCAAAUCCAGUGCAACUAAAAUAAAGAGCCUCUAUACAGACUGAAGAUAUAAGUAGAUUUGCUAAAUUUAAUGUAUGCAAAGUCAUUUUAUACUGCAAGUUCAGCCAACAAUACCGGGUAAUUUGGGUGUACUACCAUGGGUAAAGACACUGAGAAAAUAGCCCCCAGUUUUCUGUAACUAGUACGACACAUUCAAUUAUACAAAUGCUACUGUGGAACCACUCGCGCCCUGUUAUAGUGAUGUGUACAUGUAAUUUUAAAUACAGCAUUAGAAAUCAGUCUCGCCCAAAGAUCGCUGUACACACACUGAGGAAGCCUCUUAAUAACAUAAGAAUUUUUUUUGUUUUGUUUUUCUGAACAUUACACCUGGAACAGUGUUUUGACCAUCACUGACAGUUGCAUGACACAACUCUUCUGCUGAAAUUGUUUUUAAGCACUUGAAUAUGUGUAGAGGAUUUUGUAUCCUCAAGAUCAAUAGAACUACUGCUUAUGGUUCCUAUUACAUAAAUCUGUGUUUCAAUGCAUAAUCUCGGCUAAAGGGAGUAAAAUGUUAUUUCUCGUGCGUGGAAGUAAAAUUUCUAUUUACUGAUUUUAAAUUUUAAAAACAGAUCCACAAGGUGUUUGUACA